AUGCCUAUCGACCAGCACGUGCUCUGGGCCUUCUUUGCCUCCCUGUUCGGCUUCGUUCUUCUCUACUCUCUCCGUCCUUGGAAUUGUAGCAAUACCAACAAGAAACAGCUCAAGAAGAAGAGUUUUCCGGAUGAAUGCGUGAAGCAGAGCUUUAGCGGUGGAGAGUCUCGCCCAUUGGAGGGCUCCAGCACUGACGUUAUCAUCGUCGGCUUCGGUGUAGCGGGUGCCGCCCUCGCUUACACCCUCGGCAAGGAUGGAAGACGGGUUCAAGUGAUUGAAAGAGACUUGACAGAGCCAGACCGAAUUGUCGGUGAAGUUCUGCUGCCUGGGGGAUACCUAAAACUAAUUGAAUUGGGCCUUGAAGAUUGCGUCCAGGAAAUUGAUGCUCAGCGAGUGGAUGGAUUAGCUCUCUUCAAGGAUGCGAAAAAUGCUAGACUGCCUUUUCCUUUGGAAAAGUUUCAUUCAGAUGUGGCUGGAAGGAGCUUCCACAACGGGCGUUUUAUACAAAGGAUGAGAGAAAAAGCUGCCACUCUUCCCAAUGUGCAAUUGGAACAAGGUACAGUUACAUCCCUGCUUGAAGGAAAUGGGACCAUUAACGGGGUUCAGUACAAAACGAAGGAUGGCCAAGAACAUAGAGCUUAUGCUCCUCUUACAAUUGUGUGUGAUGGUUGCUUCUCAAAUCUGCGCCGCUCUCUUUGUAACCCUAAGGUAGACGUGCCAUCUUGUUUUGUGGGUUUAGUCUUGGAGAACUGUGAACUUCCAAUUGCAAAUCAUGCACAUAUUAUUUUAGGCGACCCUUCACUCAUCUUGUUUUAUCCAAUCAGUAGUACUGAGGUUCGCUGUUUGGUUGAUGUACCUGGUCAGAAAUUACCUUCUGUUGCUAAGGGCGAAAUGGCCAACUAUUUGAAAACGGUGGUGGCUCCACAGAUUCCAGCUGAGCUUAAGGAGACCUUCAUAUCUGCAGUUGAUAAAGGAAAUAUUAGAACCAUGCCAAAUAGAAGCAUGCCAGCGGAUCCACUUCCUACUCCCGGAGCCCUUCUAAUGGGUGAUGCUUUCAACAUGCGGCAUCCUCUAACUGGCGGUGGGAUGACCGUGGCACUUUCCGAUAUUGUCGUACUCCGAGAUCUUCUUAAGCCACUGCGUGACCUGAAUGAUGCACCUUCAUUGUCCAAGUAUCUUGAAUCCUUUUACACCUUGCGAAAGCCGAUGGCGUCUACAAUAAAUAUGCUGGCUGGUGCCCUCUACAAGAUGUUUUCUUCUUCACCUGAUCAGGCAAGGAAGGAGAUGCGCCAAGCAUGUUUUGACUAUUUAAGCCUUGGAGGCAUAUUUUCAACAGGACUGGUAGCUUUAUUCGCUGGUCUAAACCCACGUCCAUUGAAUUUAGUUCUGCAUUUCUUUGCGGUUGCAAUAUAUGGUGUUGGUCGUCUGCUACUGCCAUUUCCUUCACCCAAAGGCAUGUGGAUUGGAGCUAGGUUGAUUUCGAGUGCAUCCAGUAUAAUAUUUCCCAUUAUCAAGGCAGAAGGAGUGAGACAGAUGUUCUUCCCUGCAACUGUUUCAGCAUACUAUAGAGCUCCUCCUAUCAAGCAAGACAUCCAAAAGGAUAUGGCAGAGAUCAAGUAGCUGAGGCUUUGUCGCAGUCGAGUAAAAGCAGAGAGUCAUCAGAAGCAAGCAAAUAUAUGUAUAC